UCACGCACCUCUUCCCGAUCUUUCUAUCGUGUUUGCAGAAUCUCGUGCGCCACAGCGGUCGCCGCCGCCGCCUUUCCGGGAGCGUUUCCUCCUUUUCUCGCUUCGUCGCUGGAUCACAACACAUUCCCAUCUCUCUCGCCUUGUAGCCGCAGCAGCACAUCGUAUGCCGCCUCACCUUCCAGUCGCCGCCGUCCAUCAGAAAUUCCCCGCGGCCCGCCGCUCUCUUACUCUCAGGAGCAGAGGCGAAGAAAGCCCUCUCCCUCCGUCUCGUUCUAGUCUGAGCAGGGGCUUUCACUUGCCCUAUCCUCUAGUGCAGCAACUGCUCGUCCGCUAUGCUACCACUGGGAUUCACCGUCGUGCUACGGUUCGCAUGGAUUGCAGCAACUCUUCCCAUCCUACUCGCCUCGCUUCCGAUCCGCCCCCUUGGCUUCCUCCAUCGAAUGCUCAUUGGUUUUGCUGCCAGAGGAAAAAUCAUGAAAAAUUCGACCUCUAGAUUCACCCUUCCACAGAAAUAUUUCUUGCAUUUUUAUUUGGUGGCUCUGGGUUUGACAACAUUCCUAGCAUUCUCUAUCUGGUUCUAUGCCUACGAGAAAAUGCUACCCUUAGCUUCUGAAUCAUUUGGGUAUGAAACAACUGCUAGUUACUUGACUGGAGGUGCACAUAUCUUCUCGUUUAACAAAGCUCCAUUGGUAAAUUUUGAACUUAAGCAUCAGGUGUGGAGGACUGUGUUUGUGCUUUUGUUGAUGGACUUUCAAGUCUUGAGACGUGCUUAUGAGACAGUAUAUGUCUUUAACUAUAGUCCAUUAGCACGAAUGCACUUCUUUGGAUAUUUAGCUGGGUUGUUCUUUUAUACGGUGGCACCAAUAUCUCUUGGGAUCUCAUGUGCACCUGAGGCUUUAACUUAUGCACGCGAUCAGAUACUUGAGUUGAUAUUGAAAGGCAAGGAACAAAUGCCGAAUAUACAGAUUGACUGGGUGUUAGUGUUUAAGCCUUUUAUCUAUCUCGAAUGGCAGCAAUGGAUAGGUGCAGUAAUCUUUUUUUGGGGUUGGCUACACCAACACUAUUGCCAUACAAUUCUUGGUUCAUUGCGUCGAAACCGCCGAGCUGAUGAGUAUGUGAUCCCCCACGGCGAUUGGUUCGCAUAUGUUUCAUGUCCCCAUUACCUAGCUGAAAUUAUUAUAUACUUGGGGAUUUUGGUCGCCAGCGGAGGAUCCGACAUAACGAUAUGGCUUCUUUUUCUGUUCGUGGUAUCGAACUUGGCAUUCGCAGCAGCUGAAACACAUAGAUGGUACCAUGAGAAGUUUGACGACUAUCCAAAAGAUCGACGAGCUUUCAUUCCAUUCAUUUACUAAAAGAGACCCCUGAUAACUUAAGAAGUUAGAGAUAAUCAAUAAACUUUCCCCAUUGUAGAAUAGUUGUGUUAUUUCACACGUUAUAAGUUUAUGGCUGGAGCACAAAUAAAACAAGAUCUGUAACUAAGAUCAUAAAUGAGUUUGAGAACAGUGUAAAUAUGAAUUUUUCACUGGAUUUGGAUUUGUUAUUUGA